AUGACCAAGCAUCAGCUGGUGACGCACGAUGGCGAGCUGCUCGAGGCUCCGCUAGCGUCCUAUCUGGAAACAUUAGGCGCCACUCAGUGGUCAUCCAAGUACCAGGUGGUCGCCAUCAUGGGCCCCCAGAGCUCGGGCAAGAGCACGCUCUUGAACCACGUCUUCGGCACCGACUUUCAGAUGAUGGACGAAUCGCGCGGCAGGUCGCAAACCACCAAAGGGGUCUGGCUCGCCAAGUCCCCGAAAGACAACGCGUACGGCCCGACGUUGAUCAUGGACCUGGAGGGCACGGACGGGCGCGAGCGCGGCGAGGACGACACCAAGUUCGAGAAGCAGUCCUCGCUUUUCGCGAUGGCAACCGCGGAUACCCUGCUGGUCAACAUAUGGUGCCACGACAUCGGCCGAGAGAACGCCUCGGGCAAACCCCUCCUGAAGACGAUCUUCCAGGUGAUACUCAAGAUAUUCAACCCGAAGAAGACCACGCUGCUGUUCGUGAUCCGCGACAAGACGUCCAAGACCCCGAUGGACGCGCUGGUGCGAGACAUGCGAACGGACCUGCAGUCCAUCUGGCAGUCGGUGACCAAGCCGUCCAAACACGCGCGCGCGUCGUUCGACGACUUCUUCACCCUCGAGUUCACCUCCCUCCCGCACUACGAGUACGCGCACGAUCAGUUCAUCGAGGAAAGUAACGCCCUGUACGGCCGUUUCGCGGAUCCGAACCGGCGCGAUACCCUGUGCCCCGUCGCCGACGGCAGCAACGUCCCCGCCAACGGCCUCGUCGUCUCCCUCCGCGAGACUUGGAACGCGGUGGUCGGGGACAAAGACCUGAACCUUCCCGCGCAUAAGGUGAUGGUGGCGACGGUGAGGUGCGAGGAGAUCGCGGCCGCCAAGCUGGCCGCGAUGUGCGAGGGACGGGAGCUGGCUUCGCUGAUGAGCUCAGUACAAGAAGGUACAGCUCCUCCGGGCCUCGGGUUGAAGCUGGCGGCGCACGCGAUCAUCGCGCUCCGCGGGUACGACGAGGAGGCGCAAUACUUCGACGAGAGCGUCAGGGUGGCCAAGCGCGACGAGCUGCGCACGAGGCUGGUCCACGCGCUCAAGCCCAUCGCGUUUGAACACCUGAAGCGCGUUCGGGAAAAGCUGCUUCGAAGGUUGCGAAACGCGAUGGCGGCUUCGAAGGAUUCCUUCGCGUUUGUCUCCGCCGGGGCGACCAAGGAGGCGCGGGAGGAGUGGGCGAACGCGGCAGGCGAAUCGGAUCUUGACACGUGGCGCGCCGUCGCCAAUCGCGUCACCGACGACUUCGAGAAGCUCCUCGCCGCGUGCGUCGCGGACGAGCGCAAGACUCGCGUGGGCGACGCCACGCGCGCGUGCGAGCGAACGAUGGAGCGCGCGGUGGGAUCCCAGGUCACCGGGCUCAUUGAGGACCCGCCGGAGGAUUUGUGGGAGCGACUCGACGCCGUGCUCGCGACGUCGGCUCGUCGCCACUGCAAGGCGCUGCACGACGCGCUGAAGGGCUUCGAGCCAAGCGCGGACGAGGCGACCGCGGCCAGUACCGCGAUGGCGACGCGGGUACGGGAGGUUGUCGAGGCCAAGACGCGGGACGCCGCGGAGAAGGCGACGGAGCUGAUGAAAACCGCCUUUGCUCGCGUCUUCUCCAAGGAUUCCCGGGGUUUACCGAGGACGUGGAAAGCCACGGACGACGUCGCCGCCGCGAACAGGCGGGCGCAGCGGGAGGCGGUGCGGGUGCUCGGACUCCUCGCGGUGUCCCGGCUCGGUAAGCCGGAUGGACCGGAUGGGGACAAACAGGACGCCGAGGCGCAGGCGCAGCGGCAAGACGCAAUCGACGCCGCGCUGUCCACCCUCGUUCAGGAACCGGAGGAUGAUGACCACUGGGUCGACGAGGACGAGAACGCGGUGAUGCUCACCCCGCAGGAGUGCCGCAGCGCGUGGCGCAAGUUCGAGGCGGACACGGCGUACGCGGUGUCGCAAGCGCUCGCCGCGAGGGAGGCUGCGGCGCGGGGCGGCGCCCCCGCGGCUCCCGCGUGGAUGAUCGCCGCGCUAAUCGUCACCGGCUUCGACGAGGCGAUGUGGCUCCUUCGUAACCCCAUCACGUUGCUGUUUCUGGUCGCGGCUGGGCUGUUUCUCCGGGCCAUGUACAACAACAUGGACGUGGAGACGGCGAUGCGCAUGGGGGUGGUGCCGGGGUUGAUGUUCCUGGCGACGAAGGUUGUGCCGACGGCGAUGGCCAUACUGAAGAAGCUGUGGGAGGAAGGCGCGAUGAUGCACGGCAUUCAGCCCGUCGGCUCGGUCACCGGGUCGGCACAGGUAGCGGGUCACGCAAACGCGGCGGGCGGUGACGCGUCGAUCGCGGCGGGGGGCGAGAAGGAGAGGGUGUUCGCGCCGAGCGUCAGCGGCGAGGGCGUCCGCGUCCGCAAGAAGGGCGAGUGA